ACUUGUCUAUAAAAAGAGACCAGGGGAUCCUCAAGGUACUGAGCAUUGAAGGAGCCGAGGAAGGAACCUGGAGGGUCUUGAGUCCUCCCUCCAUCUCCACCUGCCAUGAAGCUCUCUUCAACUUCCUUCAGUUUCCUCUUCCUUGCGGCCCCCUUUGCCCUGGCUGCUGUUUGCCCAUGUGAGUCUGCCCUUUUCUUCUAUCCCUUAUUUUGAAAAUAGGAGGAGGAGGAGGAGGAGGAGGAGGAGGAGGAGGAGGAGGAGGACAGCACAGGCUGCAGAACAGCAGUAGGGCACCUGCUUUGCUUGCCAUAGUUUUCAGGUGUGACUCCAGCAUUCCAGGUGGGGCUGGUAAAGGAAGCCCUGGACAGCAAAUGCUCAUCAAUGCAUGAUGAUAGUAAGAGAGACAGACCAAGGCUUUGACUCACAGAGGGCUUCCCUUUGGUUAUGUAGCCCCAGGGCAACUGGUCCUCAGUGCCACUGUGUGCAGGCACCAGAGUGAGUCCGUUCGCCCAGACUGGCCUCUGGAUCUUAGCAGGAGUGGAGGGGACUGGUGGGGAAAUCGCAGGGAUUUCCAAAGACAGAGCUGAAAUGUUGGCCCACAAAAAGGCACUUGUCUCACCCAGAGAAAGCUGCCACAGGAUUUCCUUGUUUUGCUUGGUGAAAAAGCCACCCUAAGAAAGUCUCACCCAAGUCAUAAAGGUAAAGGUAAAGGGACCCCUGACCAUUAGGUCCAGUCGCGGACGACUCUGGGGUUGCGGCGCUCAUCUCGCUUUAUUGGCCAGUGACCUGGUGGCCUUAGGGAAGCCUCAGCCCCCAACCCCAACUCUGAUGAGAUGCAGGUGGGAGAGCAAGUCAACAGCUUCCCAGGAGAGGGAGAGGCUCUGGAGGGUGAACGCCAGGGUGCCCUCCUCUUUCCCACCCCCAGGCCAAAGCCGGGAUGCCUUUCUCCAUGUAGCUCUGGGACAGAGCACCUGUUUGCCUAUAGAUGGUCCCAGGUACAGUCCCAGGUGGGGCUGGGAUAUAAAAGUAAAGAGACCCCUGACCAUUAGGUCCAGUCGUGACCGACUCUGGGGUUGCGGCGCUCAUCUCGCUUUAUUGGCUGAGGGAGCCGGCGUACAGCUUCCAGGUCAUGUGGCCAGCAUGACUAAGCCGCUUCUGGCGAACCAGAGCAGCGCACGGAAACGCUGUUUACCUUCCCGCCAGAGCGGUACCUAUUUAUCUACUUGCACUUUGACUUGCUUUUGAACUGCUAGGUUGGCAGGAUCAGGGACCGAGCAAUGGGAGUUCACCCCGUCGUGGGGAUUUGAACCGCCAACCUUCUGAUCGGCAAGUCCUAGGCUCUGUGGUUUAACCCACAGCGCCACCCGCAUCCCCACCCAAGUCAAAGGCUAGCAACAAAAGUUUCAUGGGGAAAGAUUCCCAUAUCUAUGGCUGUGGAACAGUGGACAGUUCAUAGAGAGAGGAACCCAUAAUGACCCUCAUUUGCUUUCUCUCUUUCAGUGGAACCUGCUAAGGAGACUCAGGAUGUGGCUCAUAAGAGUAAGUCUUCCUUGUUGCUGCCUCCUCAACUAUACUCAAAGGGGGAGCUGGUGCCAGACACACAUAAGCAGUUCCUUCCCUAAUCUCUGUCCCAAGGAUGUUCUUCACACGACCAUUUUGGGCAACGUUGGCCACAGUUCUCAAGGGCUGUCCCUUUCUGAGCUUGUUGUGAUGGAGGCAAUGUCCACCAAAGGGGGCUUCAGACUCCUUCCCAUGAAGCAUCCAUUCAGGUGGGUGGGAGGAAGGUCCAUCCCAGCCCUUUCCAGGGACCUUUCCUGGAUCAGAGGAAAGUCACUUCCCCCCUCCAGAAGAGCAGCAGACUGGGACCUCCAGAGCCUCUGGGGGGCAUCAUCUCCCAUUCCUCUUCCACACUACAGAAGCCACUAAAUUAUUCCAUUCCCUCCCUCUUCUUAGGAGCCAACUGCUGCCUUAAUUACGUAAAUAGACCAAUUCCAUGCAAGGCCAUAAAAUACUACGAAAGGGCAUCCAGCACAUGUGCCAAGCCGGCUGUCAUGUAAGUAGCAACCAACUUCAUUUAGAUGGAGGGGAGCACAACUCUGCAUGUUGAAAGUAUCAAACGCUCAGGGCUGUUUGUUUCAAAGCCUUGGACUGGUCCUUGACUUGCAGCAGAUUUGUGCAGAUCCAGCAUACCAGCAACUCCCCCAAGUUAAACUGCAACAGAUCACAUCCACAGCUUACACUGAAAGUGCCAUUUCAUAGACUCAUAGAAUUGCAGAGUUGGUAGGGCUUCUGAGGAUCAUCUACUUCAACCCCCUGCAAUGCAAGAAUAUGCAGGUGUCCCUUACGGGGAUCAAACCUGCAACCUUGGUGUUAUUAGCACCCCACUCUAAGCAACAAAAGAACCUUGAAAAGUGUAGUUUAGGUGACACAGAGCUACAGUUCCCAGCACCCCAGGGAAACCACAGUUCCCAGGAUUCUUUGCAGGGAGAGCCACAAGGACUGUGAAUGUGGCAUUAGGGGGCCAAGGAAAUCCCUAAGUCUUGUAGUUGUCAGGAGGUCCCUGGCUGGAAUCUCCUCUCUGCCCUGAACUGGCCAUGUGGCCUUUGGGAAACGUCAGCCCCCAGCUCAGCAUUUAUAUCUCUCCAUGGAGCUCAAGGUGGUAUACGUGGCUCUCCCUCUUCUAUAUCAUCCUCACCACAACCCUGUGAGGUGAGUUAAGUUGAGAGACUAGGACUAGCCCAAAGUCACCCAAUUUAAUGACUGAGUGGGGAUUUGACCCUUGAUCUCCUGGGCCUUAGAGGGUAAAUGCAGGGCUGGAUUUAGGUUUGAUGAGGCUCUAAGCUACUGAAGGUAAUGGGGCCCUUUAUAUGUCCAGCUGUAUCAACAACAAAUUGUCGCUGUUUUCUGUGUUGAAUAUAUGCUAUAUGGUAAUUUAUGGACCUAAAAGGUAUCUAAAGCCAUUUGCACAUAACAAAAUAUGUAUUUUAUCAAAGUAAUUGUUGAACUGAAAUACAAUUAAGAAGUAGUAUAUUAAUAGUGGGGGCGCAAGAGAGUGGAGCCCUAAGCUAUAGCUUGUUUAGCUUAUACGUAAAUCCGGCACUGGGUAAAUGUCAGAAUCGGCUCUCUUCCCUGCAACCCAGCCACACCCCAUCAGUCCUGAGCUGUGGAACUUCCAAAGCAGAGAACUGCCUUUUGCUCGGCUUUGACUGGGCACUAAGCAGGCCGUUCCUUUUUCAUAGAGUCUACCUGAAGAAGAAGAACAGAAAGCUAUGUGUUGACCCCAGCAAAGAAUGGGUCCAGAAGAUCUUGAAGUGUUUUCCACCACCAUCAUAGAGACAACAUCCCUCCUGCUCCUUGCUCCCUCCUCCUUCUCGUCAGGAAGAGAACUGGAACCAAGUUUCAAGCUGUUUUGAAUGCCAGAAAAUCAGGCUUCUGCAAUAUGAUUAAAGGGAGUAGUUCUGA